CAUUCGUACCCUUUUCAUUUACAACAAUAAACUAAGAGAAAGUAACAGUUCAGAGAGUCUAACCAUGGCAAUUGCAGUUGCAGUCUUCAGCUCCCUUCUUCUUUGCUCAGUGUUUUCCCUUGGUGAUGCUUUGAGCUCAAAUUACUAUGAUAAGACAUGUCCUUCAGUGGAGGAUAUCGUCACAAAUGUAGUCAAGGAAGCAUUCACAGAAGAUAAAACAGUCCCAGCUGCCCUGCUUCGCCUGCAUUUCCAUGAUUGCUUCAUAAGGGGAUGUGAUGCUUCUGUGCUGCUAGACAAAUUUGGGAACAGCAAAGUAGAGAAAUCCGGCCCUCCAAACCUUUCACUGCAUGCGUUUUUUGUCAUUGACAAUGCAAAGAAGGCGGUAGAAGCUGCUUGUCCAGGAGUUGUCUCAUGCGCUGACAUAUUGGCUUUAGCUGCAAGGGAUGCAGUAGUCCUUGCAGGUGGUCCCACUUGGUAUGUGCCUAAAGGAAGGAAAGAUGGGAGAACAUCCCUUGCCAGUGAAACAAGACAACUUCCAGCACCCACAUUCAACUUAUCUCAGCUCCAACAAAGUUUCUCUCAAAGAGGCCUAAACCUCGGAGAUUUAGUAGCUCUUUCAGGUGGACACAGUCUCGGUUUCUCCCACUGCUCGUCAUUCCAAAACCGAUUGCACAACUUUGACACAACUCAUGACGUUGACCCCUCAAUAAAUCCUUCCUUCGCUGCCAGCUUAAAAAGAGUGUGCCCUGCACACAGCCAAGUGAAAAAUGCUGGUUCCAACAUGGAUCCUUCCCCAACAAUGUUUGAUAACACAUAUUACAAGCUAAUACUUCAAGGAAAGAGUCUGUUUUCAUCAGACCAAACCUUGCUCACUUCUCCAAGCACCAAAAAAUUGGUUUACCAAUAUGCUGGUUCCAAGAAAGCUUUCUAUGAGGCAUUUGCUAAGUCUAUGAUCAAGAUGAGCAGCAUCACAGGAGGGCAGGAAGUAAGAAAGAAUUGCCGAGUGGUCAACUGAGGCACAUUCACCUUUGGGAUAUCUAAUUUAAAUACUACAAUGUGUCAUUAGAAAAGUUUAGUCAAGGCAAUCAAGCACAAUGGAUUGCCUUAGUUUGCAGUGUGUGAGCCUUUUAUUCCCCUAUUUCAUACAGUCAUACUAGGAUGAAUUUCUACAGAAGGUCCAUCUUAAAAACAUCCUUUCAGAGGAAAAUCAACAAUAAGGUUAUUUGUUGAGAUCCCUGGACAAGGGAAAAGAGGUCUUGAUUGAAUGUGGCAGUGCGCUGCAUUGUCAUUUGCAUGAAGUGUAUCCUACUUGCUUCAGUAUUACAAAGCAGAUAGCAGUAUUGUCUAUUGUGAUGGAAUAGCUACAAAUUACCUUAAA